AUGAUGCUGCGGUUGGUGCAGCGCGCGCAUUUAUGGGAGGACCUGCAGUCCCUAAAAACGCUGGGAAGAGUUUCCUCGUCUAGUCCCAUAUCCUCGCUCUCGCCGUUUCUUGAUCAAUUUGGACUUCUUAGAGUAGGCGGUCGCCUCCGGAAUUCGUCAUUGGACUUUGAUGGCCGCCACCCGAAAAUCCUUCCAAGGUCCCAUCCGGUGACUCUGGCACUUAUCUCGCAUUACCAUGAAAGCAAUCUUCAUGCCGGACCUCAAGCUCUUCUGGGUGCAAUUCGAUCCCAAUAUUGGCCUAUUGGGGGGAGGAAGACGGUUACCAAGGCCGUGAACAGGUGCAUCAGAUGUUUUCGGAUUAAGCCGCGGCUGACAGAGCACAUAAUGGCGGACCCUUCCAAGGAGGGCUUGGAAGGAUCUCACGCUUUUGAGGUUGCUGGUAUAGACUUCUGUGGACCCUUCUUUCACAAGUCGGAUAGUCACAACAAGCCCGCGGUUAAAUGCUACGGCGUAUUUAAAUGCUUUGCAACCAAGGCAGUGCACCUGGAGCUGAUCAAGGAUCUCUCGACAGUUGCGUUUCUGUGCGGACUCAAGAGGUUCAUAUGCACCCGGCGGAAGCCGAAGCAUAUUGACUGGCGGUUCAUCCCUCCACGGUCGCCCCAUUUCGGUGGACUUUGGGAAGCAGCGGUAAAAACGGCCAAGCAUCAUUUCUACCGCGCUGGGAACGAACGUUGGGUUGUUGAUAAGAAGGGUUUUGACGAAGAAGAUCAUAGGAAGAAACGUCUCGUUAUUGACUUCAGGAAACUGAAUCAGAAAGCAAUUGAAGUACAAGUACCAUCCAUAUCGACCAAACUGUUGAACAUUGGAAAAGCCCAGUACUUCACGACUCUUGAUCUGAAGUCGGGCUUCCAUCAAAUUGAGCGGGGCGCGAUCGAGAAACGACAGCUUUUUCGAUCAACAACGGAAAGUAGAAAUUCUACAGACUUCCCUUUGAUUUAA